AUGGUGUCCAAAAAAGUAUGCGCAAUAAAUCAUUGUAAAAAUGAUUUAAGUGGUCAACAGAGAUUGUCUUUUCAUUCAUUUCCAAAAGACGUUCAUAUUUCUCAAAAAUGGGUUAAGUUUGCAAACAAUUCAAGAAUAAAUGAAGUUAUGAGAACUUUUGGACAUUUACAUCUGAGUUUAAAUUAUAGUAUUUGUUCAAACCAUUUUAACCCAGAAGAUUUUGUAUCAAACAGGGGUUCUAGUAGAAGACUAUUGAAAUAUGGUGUAGUACCUUCAUUAAAUUUACCAGUUACAUCUCCUCCUUUAGCUAAACCAUUGUUGAAAAGUUUAAAAUUAAAUUUCAAUAAUAUUAUUGAAAAUAGAAAGAAACAAAAUCAAAUACACAGUCCAUUCAAAAAAAAACAUUACUACAAAAGUUUCCGAGGAAAAUAG